UCAGGCUGCUGUGAGGGCAGCCAGGCAGGACCCACGGCUCAUGGAUUCAUUCCAGUUGCUCUCGCUGGCUGCCACAGCUGAUUCGCCUCUGUCUGUGCAACAGGGGGGUUGGAGCAGAACCUCGUCGCUUGUGCUCGAAAAAACGCUCUGCAAACAUGGCUGGUAAGAUCCAGGGUCUGACGGAGGAGGAGAGGGCCCACCUACUCCCCCUGCUACGCAGCGCUCAGUGGGUGGAGGUCGUGGGACGGGACGCCAUAUACAAAGAGUUUAUUUUCAAAGACUUCAACCAGGCUUUUGGUUUCAUGUCUAGAGUGGCUUUACAGGCAGAAAAGAUGGAUCAUCAUCCUGAGUGGUUCAAUGUCUAUAAUAAGGUCCAGAUUACUCUCAGCACACAUGACUGUGGAGGCCUGUCUCAGCGUGACAUCACUCUGGCCACGUUCAUCGACCAGGCGUCUCUAAUGUGACCUACAAGCCUCCGGUCGCUUCAGGGGUGAAAUCUUUGAAAUUACUGGACAAACUUCUGACGUCACGUGACCCGCAAAAUCCAAAGAAUAUGAAACAAUUAUAUUGAAUUAUGUGAGUCGGGUCCAAUGUGGUGUGAGAAAUAUGCCGUUGUUGGGUUUGUACACGAUGAGUAAAUUUCAUCUAAAGGAAGUGGGGUAAUUGAAAUAUGACGUCUCAGCUUCCAUUCCAGAUGUUGUUACAGAAAAAAACCUUCACUGUGAUAAACGGGUCCUUCUGUCCCAGCUAGUGUCUUACGCGCCGAAAGGUUUUGUACCAAGUUUGUAAAAUGUUGUUUUCUGUUGUUGUUGUAACUAAAACGAGGAGAUUCUCGUCUCAUCAGA